AUGGGCAGACUUAUCAAGAACCACUUGGCCCGCCUUAUCAUCAUGACCGCCGCAGUUUAUCAAGUUGGCGCCGCCAUUGAAGGGUUUAUCUGGCCCAAGGUAUUUUGGGAUUUCAUCACCAAGGCCCUAGACCCUGCUGUCAAACCCAUCCCGAUUUUGCAAACAAUCAACCUCAUAUUGGGGCUGGCAAUGCUUGCAUUGGAGUGGCCAUUGAGCUUUGUCGCCGGCUCAAGUCUUCAUAGGUCACUAGAAUUUCGACUUGCAGUCCUGCCGCUGACGGCACUCGCCUCCAUUUUAAUGUACCAGUCUACCAACCCUGCAAUUUACUACCUCAUAGGAAUGAUUGUGUACUUUGUGGCAUACAGCGAGGGCGAGAUGAUUUGCGCCAAACCUUGGACCCUGCCACAACGAGGCCUGGCCGGGAUGGCCUUGGGCGAGUAA